AUGCAGAUUUUCGUGAAGACCCUGACGGGCAAGACUAUCACCCUUGAGGUGGAGUCCUCUGACACCAUCGACAAUGUCAAGUCCAAGAUCCAGGACAAGGAAGGCAUUCCCCCGGACCAGCAGCGCUUGAUCUUCGCCGGCAAGCAGCUUGAGGACGGUCGCACCCUUUCCGACUACAACAUCCAGAAGGAGUCGACUCUCCACCUGGUCCUUCGUCUCCGUGGUGGUAUCAUCGAGCCCUCGCUUAAGGCCCUUGCCUCCAAGUACAACUGCGACAAGAUGAUCUGCCGCAAGUGCUACGCUCGUCUGCCGCCGAGGGCUGUCAACUGCCGCAAGAAGAAGUGCGGUCACACCAACCAGCUCCGCCCCAAGAAGAAGCUCAAGUAA